CUCCCUUUCUCUCUCUUCCUCUCUCUCUCUCUCUCUCUCUCUCCUGCCCCCUGAUGGUCAUCAGGAACUCAGCCUCAAUUUCCCCAACAGCAAACAGGCUGGACUUGAACUCUGGCCAGGACUUCUUGAAAGCUGCUUUCUGCCCUUUCUCAGAAAACCCUGCUCCUCUUCUCUCCUUUCUUCCCCUCCGUUUGGAAAAAAAUAAAAAAUAAAAACCCCAAACUUGCUUGGCCGACGGGGCAGAGCCAGAUUCGGAUCGCGACAGCCGGCUGAGACCAACCAGCAAGGCUGCGAAUGCAUCGUCUCUGCCUCCGGAACAAAAGCCAGCCGCCUCCUUUUCUUCGUGUGAACUCAAGCGAGGAAGAAACCAGCUGGCUAAAAUACUCCGGCCUUUCCCUUCCCCUGUCCAAGGUCCGAGAGGCCAAGGGCACCACACGGACUGUUCGGCCUCCCGGGGGAAAUUUACAGGUACCUGGGAGAAAAAAAAGAAAAAAAACCAGGAAGAAGAAGAAGAAGAAGAAGAAAAAAAAUAAAAUAAAAUCCGUGCCACUGAAUUUAUUGCAUUUUUGCUUCCUGGUGUGGAUUCCACAACUCUGCACAGAGAGAGAGAGAGAGAGAGAGAAAAACCUUCAGCCGCUGGUUUCUCUGGCCAGAGUGGAGGGGAAGCGAUGGCCGCCCCGGGCCAGCGGUCAGCCAAAGCCAAGUCCGCUCUGCCCCCCCAUUACUACGAGGGCUUCUUGGAGAAAAAGAAUCCGUGGGACCAGGAUUAUAAGAAAUACUGGGCUGGACUUUGGGGCUCCAUGCUGUAUUUCUAUCACACCAACAGAGAAAGUCAGUAUAUUGAGAAAAUCGAUCUGACUGACUUGGUCUCCCUGACUGAAGACAGCUGUCCAAAAAGUGUGAGUCCAAUGUCUACAGAAAAACCAGGGCUGACACUGAAGAUGCGGAACCAAGAAAUAAAGUUGAGGAUGGAAAGCCUGGAACAGCAAGAAAUGUGGAAAGGUUUUAUACUCACCAUGGUGGAGAUGAAGAUCCCAGCAUCCGUGUCUUUGCUGCCGGGACACCUGUACAGGUUGUCUGAAACCUUGAAGAAGGAGCAAGAGAGGCGAUCCAACCUUGGUGUGACUCUUGAAAGGGAAGAGAAACUGCCCAACUGUUUCUUCCAGGUCUCCAGAAUGGAGGCAGUGGCCCUUCUGGAGCAGAAUGAAAAUUAUGGCAACAUGUUGCUGCGUCCUGGACAGGAUGGGAAGAGUUUUUCACUGACUGUUCGGCAGAAAGUACCCGGCGCUGUGAGUGUCAAGCAUUAUAAAAUCAACGCCGUUGGUGGGGAAUACAUCAUCGUCAUGGAAAAGCCGAAUUACUGCUCUUCCCUCAUGGCGGUGCUCGACUUCUUCGUCACCAAGACCAACGGGACCCUCGUGCCGCUCAGCGUGGAGAAGAGCUACGCCAUGGCCCUGGAGGUCGUGGAGGCAGAUCAGGAAAGCAAGCAGAGCAUCUCGGGGUCCCCCUUCGAGCCCGAGGACCCCCAACCACCUGGGAAAGGCGAACUCGUGAAACCAAAGAGCGUCGUACCUCUAAAUUCAUGGCCGACCCAGCCUCCUCCUCUGCCACCGAUCAUGCCAAUCCCACCACCGCGCCGGGCAUCGGUCCCCCAACCCACGCGUGUCUACGAGGAGGAAGACCCUCCGCAGUCAACGUACGUGAACGAAGAAGGUGCAGCGUGGGAUCAACCUGGGGACCAGGCAGCGAGGUGGGAAGGGCCGCCCCCACCUGCUCGUGUACCUCCCAAGCCCCCAAAGAAGCCCCCAAAGCCAGGCAGCCUACUUGAGAGUAAUUCUUCCCUUGGACCUGGUAUACCUUCCACCAAAGAGAAGACUUUGUGGUUCAGAAACAAGAUAGAUGAGGAGCUGAAACGCAAACUUCAGGAACGUUGGGCCAAGAUGGAGAAUUAAAAGACGGCGGACAUUUUGGUUAAAGAAUCUACGCGGUGUCAAGGACGAGAGGAACCAGCUGAGCGCCCCCAACCAAAUCUACCUCUGGAUGACGAUUCCCUCUCCAUCUGUUCUCUUGGUCCCGUUUUGCGGGAAGAGCACUCUGAGUGGAUCAGAUGAGAAAACUGACCCCUGACGUGACUUUCUUUCAUAGCCAUUGGCUGCGCUGCUGUGAUGUCACAGCCGCUGCACAUCCUACAGAAAAAAAAACAAAAGUUAAGAGGGGAUUUGGGGAAAGUUUCGAACAGCGGCAUGAAGAAAUAAUUGAUAAGUCUCCGAUCCAGGAAACAAUGAACCAGUGGAACGACCUGCCACCAGAAGUUGUGGAUGCUCCAAUGCUGGAAAGUUUUAAGAAGAGACUGGACAGCCAUUUGUCUGAAAUGCGAUAGGGUCUCUUGCUUGAGCAAGGGGAUGGACUAGAAGACCUCUAAGGUCCCUUCCAAUUUUGUUGGAUGGAUGAACUUCACAUUAUUCCUGCAAAAUUAAGCCUUUGUCUACCCAACCACAACUGCAAAUCCAGGAUAAGGCACCGACACGCUUUCUGCACACUUAUAGGAAAAAUAAAUCUCACGUGAAGCAGAGUUGUGUGACACACAAUCAGGAGAAAGUCAAGUGACAAUGGAAAUCACUAGACCAAAAUGGAGAAGCAAAGCUGCCAAUAUAGCCAUAGCAUUUAGACUUAUAUACCGCUUCAUAGUGCUUUGCAGCCCUCUCUAAGGUUUACAGAGCCAGCCUGUUGCCCCCAACAAUUUUGGGUCCUCAUUUGACCCACCUCAGAAGGACAGAAGGCUGAGUCAACCUUGAGCCUGAUGAGAUUCGAACUGCCAAAUUGCAGGCAGCCGGCAGGCAGCAGAAAUAGCCUGCAGUACUGCCCUUUAACCACUGCGCCACCAAGGAUUAAUUUUAGGACUAAUAUAGGAUUCAUUUACACCCCCAAUCAUGAUUUAACCUUAACCUAACCGGUCUCAAAUACUAGUCCACAAGCCUCUAAGACCUGGU